CAUAAAAAUAAAAAGCCGACAUGUUCUAAUAUUUUCUGUUGCAACAAUACUCUUAAAUCUUGAAAAAGAUAACAAAUCUGUUGAUAAAUAGAAAAUUCAUAGUCAUAGUAUGACAAACUAUUUUCACUUGGAUGUGGAAUUGAAGCUACGGGACGAAGACAAAGCUGUUGUUACUCCUGCUUACUUUCUUGGGAGCAUAGAGGAAUCAUUGCAAAGUUUUUUUGGUGAAAUUGGAGGACAGACCGACUUACAACUAAUAAAAUUUGAUAAGAACCAAAAACGUGCAAUUCUGAGAGUUCACGAAGAAUUUGUGACACGGACGCGUUCAGCUAUUACACUAAUUGGACAUUUUCAAGACAUUCCUUGCCACUUCAUAAUAAGAAAUACAUCUAAGGAGCAGCUAGACUUUUAA